UUUGUCUCUGGCGAUUUCGUCGCCUUCGUGCCGUGUGCAGACAAAGACUCAAAGCGCUUGACAAAUUUUCAGCGCGGUCAGUCGAAAAUCGUUGUUAAUCGAAGCUAAACUAAAAUUAAGGAUAUUUCUUCUGCGACUCUUAUUAUUACGAACGAAAAAUAAUAAACUUGAUAAGUAUAUAGUAAUUGUACUCGAGUAGAUCAUUUCGAUAGCGAAACACCGAAACACAUACAUAAUGCCUUCCUUCCAACCGAUCGAGGCCCCCAAGUGUCCGCGCUGCGGCAAGAGUGUCUAUGCCGCGGAGGAGCGCCUGGCCGGCGGCUAUGUAUUCCACAAGAACUGCUUCAAGUGCGGCAUGUGCAACAAAUCGCUGGACUCCACCAACUGCACAGAGCACGAGCGCGAGCUGUACUGCAAGACGUGCCACGGCCGCAAGUACGGACCCAAGGGCUACGGCUUCGGCACCGGUGCCGGCACCCUCUCCAUGGACAAUGGGUCACAGUUCCUGCGCGAGAACGGCGACGUGGCGUCGGUGAGGAACGGAGCCCGCCUAGAGCCCCGGGCCAUUGCCCGUGCCCCGGAGGGCGAGGGUUGUCCCCGGUGCGGCGGUUACGUGUACGCCGCCGAACAGAUGCUGGCCCGCGGACGCAGCUGGCACAAGGAGUGCUUCAAGUGCGGCACCUGCAAAAAGGGUCUGGACUCGAUCCUGUGCUGCGAGGCGCCGGACAAGAACAUCUACUGCAAGGGUUGCUAUGCCAAGAAGUUCGGCCCCAAGGGCUACGGCUAUGGCCAGGGCGGCGGCGCCCUGCAGUCCGAUUGCUACGCCCACGACGACGGAGCACCCCAGAUCCGGGCGGCCAUCGAUGUGGACAAGAUCCAGGCCCGUCCGGGCGAGGGCUGCCCACGCUGCGGCGGCGUUGUCUACGAGGCCGAGAAGAAGCUCUCCAAGGGCCGGGAGUGGCACAAGAAGUGCUUCAACUGCAAGGAUUGCCACAAGACGCUGGACUCGAUCAACGCCAGCGACGGUCCGGAUCGGGACGUCUACUGCCGCACCUGCUACGGCAAGAAGUGGGGACCCCAUGGCUAUGGCUUCGCCUGUGGCUCUGGCUUCCUGCAGACCGAUGGCCUGACCGAGGAUCAGAUCAGCGCCAACAGGCCGUUCUACAACCCGGACACCACGUCGAUCAAGGCGCGCGAUGGCGAGGGCUGUCCCCGGUGCGGAGGAGCCGUGUUUGCCGCCGAGCAGCAGCUGUCCAAGGGCAAGGUGUGGCACAAGAAGUGCUACAACUGCACCGACUGCCAUCGGCCAUUGGACUCGGUGCUGGCCUGCGACGGACCCGACGGCGACAUCCACUGCCGCGCCUGCUACGGCAAACUGUUCGGACCCAAGGGCUUCGGCUACGGCCAUGCCCCCACCCUGGUGUCCACCAGUGGCGAGAGCACCAUCCAGUUCCCCGACGGCCGUCCGUUGGCCGGACCAAAGACCUCCGGCGGAUGCCCGCGCUGCGGCUUCGCCGUGUUCGCCGCCGAGCAGAUGAUCAGCAAGACCAGGAUCUGGCACAAGCGGUGCUUCUACUGCUCGGACUGCCGCAAAUCGCUGGACUCGACGAAUCUGAACGACGGCCCCGACGGCGACAUCUACUGCCGGGCCUGCUACGGCCGCAACUUUGGACCCAAGGGUGUGGGCUACGGUCUGGGCGCGGGCGCUUUGACAACGUUCUAGGGACGAGUUUAUAUGCCUAUAUACCUAAAUACCUAAUCGAAACCCACAUCCAUGUCUGUGAACCGUUCCGAACCGUUCUGUCUAACGAACCACAUAUCUGUUUUAACUAACCAUCCCUGAGUCUAGCUAACUUAGUCUUCGUUUUGCUUCCAACGAUUUUUGAUCAACGAUGCAGUAAAUGCAAGUCAUAUUUCUUUAGGUUAUGUGAGAAUAAGUUUAAUAUGAAAACAAGAAAAAAAGAAUAAAUGAACAAAAAAAUUGAAAACAUAAAACUGAAACUUAAACUUAAACUGAAACUUAAACUGAAACUUACGACUCAACUCGAAACUAACCAUCGAAGUCAGACUAACGAACUAAACGACAUUAGCCACAGUGAGAAAGGUCAAAGGUCAGCGCACGAACGAAGGAAGCAACUACCGCGAGCCAAAGUCGUUUUACUUUUUGUAUCUUACCUAUUUUCGAUGACCAGCCAAGUAUGUCUUUUGCUCCAAACCGAAAUACCCAAAAAGCAUACUUGGAGCAAACUGAUAAUUUUUAUACACUUUUACGACAAAUAUAAAAGAUGAAUGAUAUGAUAUGAUAUGAUAUGAUGUUGUAUAUUUAGCUGAUCUAGUUCUUACGAUACAAUUAUGAAAUCUAUUAUUUAUAAUGAUAUUUGAAUGAUUUCUUACCCAUCUAAUCUCUUGCAUUCAGAUGCGAAUGCGAGCCAUGGCAGAUAUUAAAUAUUUAUAUAUAUCAGCAUACAUAUUCUACAUGCACACACAUAACAUCCAAUAAUAUAUGCCCCAGUGGGUUCCAUGAAAACAAAA